AUUCGCCCUACACUUUGCUGCUGUGCUGUGUGCCAUGAAGAUGUGAAAGGCCUGGCCACGGUAUGCAACGUGUGUGAGCAUGGCGGCCAUGUGGCACAUAUUUCGAGUUGGUUCGAUCGGCCUGGGAAGAGCUGUCCGGUGUUGAACUGUCGAUGUAAAUGUGCAUUUUAA